AUCACGUCUUAUCUCCCGCUGUGGUAGCACUAGGGGUCCUGUUGCAAUCGCUUUGGCAACAUUCCGCAAAAUAUUGGUAAACAGUUUCAACAGUUUUGACAACACUUUACAUGUUUCUCUAAACGAAACAUUAAAGAUGACUUCCUCAGAUGAUUUCGAUGACAUACUGAAUGGACUAUCUAAUGCUGAUUUGCAAUCUCUUUCUAACGAACUGGAUAAUGAGCAAACCUUUGACAUAAAUGAACAGAUCAAACAUAUGGAGAAAUUAUCGAUUGAAAGUAUCGAAGGUGAUAAUUAUUUACCUCUUCAUGGACGUAACUAUCAACCUCGACGUAAAGAUCAACCUGCACCUAAAGAAGAAGAAAUGCAGUUUCCAGACGAGUGGAAAGAUGCAAUGAGUGAAGCAACAGACAAAGACAUCCAAGAACUUGCGGGUAUGUUAGGCGUCCACAGUGUUCUUACGCAAGAACAGAGUAACUCCAACGAAAAUACACAAUUGAAAAAAUCUUUACGAGAACUAAAUGAAAAAAAAGAUGAAAGAUUCGAGCCAUCGACGGGAGUAUCUGAUUACUACGGGGAAAUUGAGCAUGUUGAUGUGAGUGGUUUAUUUCGAAGACUCAAAGACUUCGACCAAACUCUGACAGAGAUAUCUAUAAACAAUAUGAAAGAUUUAGAUGAUGUUUUAAUGGCGAUCGCAGAUUUCAUCGCCAGAAUGGAUUGUCUGAAAAAAAUAUCAAUGGCAAACACGAGAAUGGGUAACAGAAUUGGAGAGAAAUUGGCAGAAGCACUGCAACACAACAAAAGUUUGGCAUACCUUAAUAUUGAGUCCAAUUUACUCUCCGGAGACGUGCUUGUGAAAAUACUAGACGCUGUGAAGGACAACCCCUGCUUAAAAGAAUUGAAAUUUGCCAAUCAGUCCAAGACGGCAGGAGCGAAAAAUGAACGCGAAAUGGUGAAAAAAUUAGAAGAAAAUCAUCACCUUCUAAAAUUUGGUCAUGCCUUUCUGACUCCCGGCUUGGGAAACAUGGCUUCUAAAUGGAUCUUACGAAAUAAUGAUAAAGCUCGACAGAAAAGAAAAUCUGCUGCAAGCAAAUAAAUGUUUGAAUUUACGGAAUGGAAACAAUCACGAGAUAUUAAAUUUAUCCGUAAAUAGGAAACAAAAGCACCGUAUAUUAUAGAGAGCGCACCGCGUUGUUUAGAUGUUGAAGUGUAAAUAUAUCGCAAAUAAUAAAAACGAAAAAUAACACCCA